AUGGGUCUUCUGCUUCCCCUCUUGCUCUUGCUCGUUUUCUCCAGGGCCAAUGGGCAGCCGUCCCCUGGAUACUGGCCGAGCUCCAAGUUCGGAGUUGUGCGAUUCUAUGAAGCUUUUGGUAACAUCUGGGGUCUGAGCCACCAAUCAGUUUCCCCGGACAAGUCCUCGUUAACAAUCUGGCUUGACAGAAGCUCAGGUUCUCUCUCUCUCUCUCUCUCUCUCUCUCUCUCUCUCUCUCUCUCUCUCUCUCUCUCUCUCUCUCUCUCUCUCUCUCUCUCUCUCUCCCCCAUGGAUUUUCCACUCUCAUGGUCCUGAGAACCAGGGAGCGGAUUCAAGUCGGUCAAGCCUUUCAGGAACGGCUACUUUGGGGCAUCGAUCAAGCUCCACCCCGGCUACACGGCCGGAGUAAUUACAGCCUUCUACGUGAGACAAAAUUUUAUCUCAAUUGAAAGAUAAAGCUGAGAAAUCAACUUGCAGCGGGAACAGCUGCCUCUCUCUGACUGUGCUGCCGCUUCUGUGCAUGAUCCAGCUAUCCAACAACGAAGCCCAUCCGGGUUUCCACGACGAGGUCGACAUUGAGUUCCUUGGGACGACACCCGGCAAGCCGUACACGCUUCAAACCAACGUCUAUGUGAGGGGCAGCGGCGACGGGAGGGUCGUCGGGAGGGAGAUGAAGUUCCACCUCUGGUUCGAUCCAACGGCCGCCUUCCACCACUACGCCAUCCUAUGGAACCCCGACGAGAUACUGUAAGCGAUGAUGAUACCCUCCCUUCUCUUAUUCAUGUACAGCAUAAAGUACCUCUCUCUCUCUCUCCCCUUUCCGAUGGUUUCAUUUCAGAAGAUAUCUGACGUAGCUUGUUAUGUCGUGUACCGAUCCUUCUCAUACGAGUCCGUAGUCGCCGUAUUCAUAUUCUGUUACAUCUCUUUCCCUCUCCAUUCAUCCUCUCUCUCUCUCUCUCUCUCUCACUAGCUAAAAGACUGUCUCCGCACAUAGUUCAAUCUACGGUCAUGUAGAAAAACCUUUCAGCAUACAGGUUUGUUCUCGCCAACAUUCGACUAAUUUCCAGCAUUCUACCCCGGUGCAACGAUCCUGAUGCGAGCCCGGAAAAAUAUAUUAUCUUCUGCACCAUCAUAGAAUGGGGGGCAUUUGAUCGAUGAAAAAAUCCCGCUAAUUCGUAAAUUUGGUCUUCUUAUGCAUGACGACGAUGCGGUGGCUGCCCAGAUUCUUGGUGGACGACGUGCCCAUCCGGAGGUAUGCGAGGGAGAGUGGUGCCACCUUCCCGCAGCGCCCGAUGUGGGUCUACGGCUCCAUCUGGGACGCGUCCUCCUGGGCAACGGAGGGCGGGAGGUUCAAGGCCGACUACCGCUACGCGCCCUUCGUCGCGCGCUUCACCCACUUCAACGUCGGCGGUUGCCCCGCCGAUGCGCCGCAGUCGUGCCACCCCGUGGCCUCCUCCCCCGGCGGCUCCGGCCUCAGCGCCCGCCAGGCCGCCGCCCUGCGCUGGGCGCAGGCCAAACACCUGGUCUACGACUACUGCAAAGACCCCCUGCGUGAUCAUUCCCCAACCCCCGAGUGCUCGCGUUAG